UACUUUACUUUGACGUGCCACCAGCCCUCUACUUCACCAACUUUCUGUAAAGUCAUUAUCAUUCUAACUAUAAUUUGUUUUGUGUAAGACAAGAUAGUUUACUCUUUAUUUAUAAGAUGGACUAAUCAUAUUUUGUCUCCUAAUGUGUACGAAUCUUGAACUGUUGCCUACCAGGAACUUUUGAUGUGAACAUCUAAUACUACUAAAUACAAAUAAUAAUAAUAUGGCUGGUCUUUUGUGAUGGAUGAAUCUUUCAUUAAUCUCACCAAGAAUCUUCCUUCAACUGAUUUUAUGAGGGCUGUCUGAGAUAUAACCAGAUAAGUUGAGAAACAUUUGUAUAAUUGUAUGUAACAAUGGAGAACAAAGUUGAGAUCUCAUCAAGAGAAGUAAUCAAACCGUCUUCUCCAACUCCAAAUGAUAAGAGAAUUCUCCGUCUCUCUCUUCUUGAUAUCCUCAGCUCACCCAUGUACACAGGUGCACUUCUCUUUUACGCUGCAGACCCGCAAAACCUUCUUGGUUCUUCAUCAGAAGGAACAUCCUUGAAGCUCAAGAAAUCUCUGUCUAAAACAUUACCAAUCUUCUACCCUCUUGCCGGAAGAAUCACUGGAAGUUUCAUCGAAUGUAAUGAUGAAGGAGCUGUGUUUAUAGAAGCUAGGGUGGACCAUCUUCUCUCGGAGUUCCUCAAGUGCCCUGUUCCUGAAUCACUGGAGCCACUCAUUCCCGUCGAAGCUUUAUCAAGAGAAGCAGUUACAUGGCCUGUGUUGCUAAUCCAGGCCAACUUCUUCAGCUGUGGAGGAUUAGUUAUCACAAUCUGCGUUUCUCAUAAGAUCACUGAUGCAACAUCUUUAGCAAUGUUCAUCAGAGGAUGGGCUGAGACAGCAAGAGGUUUAGGGAUUACAAUGACUCCUAGUUUCACCGCUUCAAAGUUCUUUCCUCUACCUCCUGAUGAGCUUUCCUUAAAACCGAUGGAUAAUAAAGUCGAGGUUGAAGAAAUGAAAUGUGUAACAAAGAGGUUUGUGUUUGAUGCCUUAAAUAUCAAGAAACUUAGAGACAAAGCUUCAAGCAACCUUGUCAAGAAUCCAACUCGUGUUGAAGCGGUUACAGCUCUUUUCUGGAAAUGUGCAACUAAGGCUUCUAGAUUGAGUUCUUCAACAACAAGAACUUCUGUGCUGCUGAUUCCAGUGCGUAUACGAGGGAAGGUAGAUUCUUUGCCUGAGAACACAAUUGGGAACAUGCUUUCCAUCAUGAUACUCAAGAACCAACAAGGUAUGAUAGAUGGGAUUCAAGAUGUGGUUAGUGAGUUAAGGAAAACAAAGGAAAACUUCAGCUUAAGUUGCAAGGAAAUGUCGUCGUCGAGAGUUCUUGAAUGUUUGGCAGAAAUUGAGAAAGUAUAUGCAAGAGGUAACGAGAUGGACUUGUGGAUGAGUAAUAGCUGGUGUAAACUUGGAGUGUAUGAGGCUGAUUUUGGAUGGGGAAAGCCGGUUUGGGUGACCGGAAGAGGCACUUCCAGUUUCAAGAACUUUAUGUUGUUGAUUGAUGCUAAAGAUGGAGAUGGAAUUGAAGCUUGGAUCACUCUUAUGGAUAAGCACAUGUCGCUUUUCGAAUGCGAUGAGGAGCUUCUUGAAUCAGCUUCCUUGAAUCCCCCUGUUUUGAUCUAGACAAGACCAAAACUUAUUGCAUACUUCUUUCAAAGGAUUUACAUGUGUUGAUUUAUGUUGCUUCUUAAAUAUAUAAGAACAUAAGGUUUCAGUCUAUCUGUAUGUAUCUUCUUAUAAAUGCAUACUAACUGUUAGGAGUCCUCGGUGAUUACAAGAUAGACAUGAGAUUACGAACUCAAACUUCUCAGUAAAUCAUACCAAACAAAAAUCUUAUAAAGAAAAAUGAUCAAAGGUGCAUUAUACGAGUUUUUGACCUAUUACGAAAAUGAUUAAACGUUAAAAAAUGAUAAGCAGGAUUUUUUUUUUUUUUUUUUUUUUUUUGUUUGAGGUGCAUGUAGAAUUGAAGCUCAGUGAUAUUCAUUUUUAACUAAGAAUAGAUUGGAUACUUACAAUUAAAUUCUUACCACAUAUAUUUUACAUGGCCUUCAAAAUAGAAGAACUCUAGUAGCUCCAAUCUUUUUUUAGUAGCUCCAAUCUUGUUGAAAACGUGCUCUGCUCAAGUUAAAGGUUUUGUGACACCAACCAAUUGUUUUUGGUGGAUAUAUGUGAUAAUCAAAUGUUAUGUAUUUUUAGCCUUUAGGCGUGAGUGAAAGAAUUAAAAAAUAAAAUUUUAAAAUAUCAAUCAGUAUCUGCGUAUGCUAUGGAAAUGAUUUUCCAACAUUUAGAAUAGAAAAAAAAAGUUAGAGAUGGUUUUAGAAGUACCAAUCAACUCCCAACAUCAUCAUUAACAUAGGUGGGGGUUGCUGGUGGAUGGGGCUGAACAACUUUACCGUGAACAUUUGACUAUUCCUUAGCUCAACUUUAAUUAUUUGCGACUUAUAUAACCUAUGGUUUUUAAUUUGUAUGUUUGUCGUUGAUAGAUUCCUCCUUCCAAGUCAAUGGAACCAUUAGGUAGAAACUUGAUCAGUUCAAUUCAAUUUUUGAAUUGAAAAUUAGGGUAUGAAUUAUUCCAAAUUCUCAUUCUUUAACUUCACUUAUAUGGGCUGUUCAUCUACUUUGAAUUAAUUUGAUCACUAACUACGACCAAUAACAACUAACCAGAAGAAUAGUACUAUAUAUUUAACUGUAUUUUAAAACAAAUAUCAUAUGUGUAGUUAGGUUACAGUUUACUAACAUUAUUUUGUAUUUGAAAUACUGGGAGAUAGAUUAGUUUGUUACUUGCUUGCCCACGCGAAAAGUAAUGAUUCAAGAAGUUAAAACUAUAGUUUAUAAAACCGAAAAACGUGGGGUUUUAUUUGAGAAUUACGUAUCUAUAUGUUCUCCACACGAUCACCGCCACGUUCAGAGGAUUACAUCUGAAUUGAUAAAUUCAAAGGACUUAAUUAAUAAGGGGAUUAUCCACCAUACUCAAUAGCAAACGUGCAAACUUCUGAAAUGUUAAAGAGGAUAUUAUUAAUCUUUUUAAGUGCUUGUUACGUUGUACUGUAGUGUCUCGUGAAGUUUGUCCAAGAAAGAAACAAAAUAUAUAAAAAAAUCAGAGCACUGGAUGAAGGUUUCGUAACUGUUUCUAGAAUCCGUUCUUAUAAAUUUGUUGUAAAGUAACGCAUUUGUGGCACAAAAAGGAUACCAAAUCCUGAAGAUAUAUAUCACUCAAUAUAUACUCGUAAAGCUGGAAUGAUAAAAUCAGAAAUCAGAUGGAACAAACAGAAACAGAUAACUAAAACAACAAAUUAAAGACUUGGUACAUUGAUUCCAUAAUUAACAUCAUGGAAUCGGAUAUAUUGUUGGUUAUGAGUUAUGACAGGUCACAGAUAUUGAAAUACUUUAUAACAAGACCUUGAUUAAAAAAAUAAAUGCCAGUUUGGAAACGAAGACCUACCUGCCAA